AUGGCAACUUCAAAAAAAAAUUUAAAGAAUCUCUCAAAAUCUGGCGUAAAAUCCACACGAGGCCGCAAAGCCUUUAUUACUCCAGAAAAUUUAGAUCUUACGGGAAAGAAUCAUAUAAUGAUUGUUCGUAGUGUACAAAAUACAAACGAAAGAAAGAAAAAUAAUAAUUCAUGUAUUAACUGUGAUUCAAAUUAUCAAUAUACUGAAUUAAUCUCUCAAAAUAUCGAUAGACUCGAAAAUCUUGUAAACAAUUUGGGAAAGGUUAUUUCUAAGGAACAAAAACCGAAAGAGUUUUCCAUAAAUAAUCUUGAUAAGUUAGAUUUUACAAAAAUGAAUACAGACACUUUAAUUAAAUGUUCUACUUUGUUUAACACCCGGUCACCACAACCGCAAUCUUCUGUGAAAUCUUUCAAUUCGAAGAACUCGGGGGAUGAUCCUAAAAAUGAGUUUUGCUUUUUUUGA